UAUGACAGCCUCCGUGCUCCUCCAUCCCCGCUGGAUCGAGCCCGUCAUGUUCCUCUACGACAACAGCCUGGAUGAGAUCAAUAAGAACAUGGAAGGGUUUCACGCAGGCAGCAACUUCGCGGCGGCCGCGGCGGCCAACCAGUGCCGGAAUCUGAUGGCUCAUCCCGCAUCCCUGCCUGCCCCCAGCGCCGCUGCCUACACGUCGAGCGAGGCGCCCGCCUCCGGCAUGGCCGCGCCAGCUGACAAGCAGUGCAGCCCGGCCGGGCAGAGCUCGCCGGGGGCCGCCCUGCCCUACGGCUACUUUGGCAGCGGCUACUACCCCUGCCGCAUGACCCACCACAACGCCAUCAAGUCCUGCGCCCAGCCCGCCUCCACCUUCCCCGCCUCCACCUUCGCCGACAAGUACAUGGACACGUCGGUCUCCGGCGAGGACUUCACGUCCCGGGCCAAGGAGUUCGCCUUCUACCAGGGCUACGCCGCCGGCCCCUACCAGCCCGUGCCGGGCUACCUGGAUAUGCCCGUGGUGCCCACCAUCGGCGGGGCCGGCCGGCCCGCCGCCGAGGGCCCGGGCGACCCCCGGCACGAGCCCCUGCUCCCAAUGGAGAGCUACCAGCCCUGGGCCAUCCCCAAUGGUUGGAACGGGCAAGUGUACUGCCCCAAGGAGCAAGCCCAGCCCCCCCACCUCUGGAAGUCCACGCUGCCGGACGUGGUUUCGCAUCCCUCGGAUGCAAACUCGUACAGACGUGGGAGGAAGAAGCGAGUGCCUUACACAAAGGUUCAGUUAAAAGAACUCGAAAGGGAAUAUGCAACAAAUAAAUUCAUUACCAAGGACAAACGGAGGAGGAUAUCGGCCACCACAAAUCUGUCAGAGAGACAGGUCACAAUUUGGUUCCAAAACAGACGGGUCAAAGAGAAAAAAGUCAUCAACAAAUUGAAGACUACCAGUUAA